AUGGAUCAAAAUACAUAUAUCCUUGGAAGCAUCGGGGAGCACAAUGUCGUUAUUGCUAGUUUACCGAUUGGCGCAUGCGGCAAUAUAUCAGCCACAACUGUUGCGAUGCAGUUGAUGUCCAGUUUUCACGCCGUUCGCAUUGGCUUAAUGGUCGGUAUCGGCGGAGGGGUGCCAAGCAGCAAUGCGGACAUUCGACUCGGGGAUAUCGUAGUGAGCCAGCCAUCGGACACAUUUGGAGGGGUGAUCCAGUACGAUCUAGGGAAAGCGUUAAGCGGUGGCCAUUUCAAGCGAAUAGGGAUGCUUAAUCGAUCCCCUCAGGUUCUGUUAACCGCUCUCGCUACCAUCCGAGCACAUCACUUCACGGAGGAUAGCCACGUUGUUGAAAUUGUUUCCACCAUCCGAGCCAAAAUGCCACCACACAAGGCCAGGAAUUUCACACGACCGACGCAAGAGGAUUGUCUAUUCCAAGCAGAAUAUGAUCAUAUCGCAUCCGAUACGUGUUUGAGUUGUGAUCGGACCAAAUUAUGUCCACGGCCCCCACGAGAGCACCAAGAACCAGUUAUCCAUUACGGGCUCAUUGGAUCUGCCAAUCAAGUGGUGAAAGACGGCAAGCGGCGAGAUCAGCUAGCCCGGGACUUGGGUAUAUAUUGUGUGGAGAUGGAAGCGGCGGGACUUAUGAAUGACUUUCCGUGUCUGGUCAUUCGAGGCAUCUGCGACUACGCCGACUCACACAAGAAUAAGGAAUGGCAAGGAUAUGCGGCGGCAGUGGCGGCAGCCUACGCGAAAGAGCUUCUCUUGGUGAUUGCAAUCGAUCAGAUCAAUAGUACCCCAACGGCACGAGACGCACUUACAGACUCUGUCCACCGUUUUGACGUCCCAUUAGACCUGACGGCUGUGCCAGUGAUUGGAAGUUUUCUGGGACGGCAAGGUGAACUAGACCGACUCUGGCAGUAUUUACAGCCCACUGUUUCCCAGUCAAGAAAGGUUGCAAUUAUUCACGGGCUUGGGGGGAUGGGAAAAACACAACUCGCGAUUCGUUUCGCACGAGACCACAAGCACAAUUUCACAGCCAUCUUCUGGCUGAGUGGCAAGGACCGAGGCACACUCUUGCAAUCAUUGAGCUCUGUCUUGCCCCGAUUACCAGGGCAGUCACAUGUUGACGGGGCGAUAAAUGACGAGGAAGUGGAACAACGAGCUAGAGAUGUGUUACGGUGGCUAGCAAUAGAGGGAAACUCACGCUGGCUGAUCAUUUUCGACAACAUCGACCAAUACUCCCCUAGCUCCACUGGUGAUGCAUAUGACAUUGCUGAACUCUUCCCUGGAGCCGACCAUGGUUCUAUUCUCAUUACCUCUCGACUGCAAGGGUUGACAGAGCUGGGAAAGUCAUUUCCUAUCAAUAGGCUUGACUUGAAGGAUGCGAUUCAACUGCUCUUACAAAGCAGCCGUCUAUCAAUGACGAAUAUAGCGAAGGAGCUUGAGAGCAAUCGCGAUACCGUUGCUCUUGCGAGCCGUCUUGAUGGACUUCCAUUGGCGAUCGUCAUCGCUGGGGCGUUUAUGCGCGAAACUGGAACCAGCAUUACUGAGUACUUAGAGUAUUACCGGGUAUCUUGGUCCGAACUACAGCUGCAAUCAAACCCUGAGCGCCAGUACCAGCAAGGCAAUAUGCUGAAAACAUGGAUGAUCUCAUAUCGUGAGAUUCAGAAGCGAGACACGAAUGCAGCAGAACUGCUUCUGUUACUUGCUCGUUUCGAUAACCGAGAUAUCUGGUAUGAACUUAUAAAAGGUAGCUGUCAGAGCUCAAAUCUCCCAACUUGGCUUGAAAGGACCAUAUCAAGCAAAAUCGCGUUCAAAAUUGGUGUCAAGGCUCUCAUCGAGUUCUCUCUACUCGAGAUUAAGGAACAAGGGGGUUACGCCCUGCACCCGGUGGUACAAGACUGGUGCAUUCACCUCGCCAACGCAGACAAAACCGUGAAUUCAAUCCAGCUCAAUGAACUGUCACUGAUAUCUGUUGGGUGCAUUGUCCCUAGUGCAAGUGAAAGAAACUAUUCCGAGCUUCAGCAACGGCUUAUUCCACAUGCGAACUGUGUACGUCGUAGGGAUUGUCCAGGCCAUGAUAUUGCGGUGUGGGAAGCAUUUCAUAGUUUAGGAAACCUAUACAAAGAUCAGGCGAAGCUAAGAGAGGCAGAAGAAAUAUACCAGCGAGCACUGUCAGGCAAGGAGACGGCCCUCGGUCCUGAUCAUACGUCCACUCUCACUACAGUCAACAACCUUGGGGGUCUUUACUUUCUUCAGGGGAAGCUGAGAGACGCAGAGGACAUGUACCAGCGAGCACUGUCAGGCUACGAGAAGGCCCUCGGUCCUGAUCAUACGUCCACUCUUGAUACAGUCAACAACCUUGGGGGUCUCUACAAAGAUCAGGGGAAGCUAAAAGAAGCAGAUGACAUGUACCAGAGAGCACUGUCAGGCUACGAGAAGGCCCUCGGUCCUGAUCAUACGUCCACUCUUGGUACAGUCAACAACCUUGGUCUUCUCUACUCUUAUCAGGGGAAGCUGAAAGACGCAGAGGACAUGUACCAGCGAGCACUGACAGGCUACGAGAAAGCCCUCGGUCCCGAUCAUAAAACACACCUACCGACUCUCAAUACAAUCAACAAUCUUGGUCUUCUCUACUCUUAUCAGGGGAAGCUGAAAGAGGCAGAGGACAUGUACCAGCGAGCACUGGCAGGCUACGAGAAAGCUCUCGGUCCCGAUCAUAACACAAACCUACCGACUUUCAAUACAAUCAACAACCUUGGGAAUCUCUACAAAAGUCAGGGGAAGCUGAGAGAGGCAGAGGACAUGUAUCAGCGAGCACUGACAGGUUACGAGAGGGUCUUUGGUCCGGAUCACAGUAGGUCCCGGCGACUUGUAGACAAAUUAGAUACCUUAUGCAUUUCAGAUGUAAAGUAG